AUGGCAGACUUGCCUAGGAGGAAGCCAAUGCCAUCGGGGUAUCAGGCCACGCCGCAGGUUCAGAACAGCAUAUAUGGGCAUAGUCGAACACGAACAACUUCCUCGAAUACUUUUCCUUCCAAUUUUCAGCCACAGCAGCCUCAACAGCUGUACCCAAACAACAUGGCACAUAUACAGUACUCCUCUCGGAGAACGCCUUCUACAAAUACCUUUUCUACCACCGCCAGCAGCGGCAAUGGGCCAGUACCCCAACGACAGAUUUCUCAAGAUCUGAGAAGAUCGACCUCGUCACGAUCUGGCAAUCAGCAGCCGAGCAGUUACGUGGCACUCAUGCGAAAACAAAAGGCCACGGUGUGGUGUGAUCGAGCCCAACAUGAGGAUCCGCGCAUGAUUGCGGCACAAAGACAAGCGAAGAUGAGGGCAACAAAGGAAGUGGUCGGUGGUCUGGCUCCUCAACGAAUUUCCACCAGCGGAUCUAGCGGCGGUAUUGCAGGUAGCAACAGAGUUACGGCAAAGAUCCGGCAUCACGGAAAAGCUGGGCUGGUUGGAUACAGUCCUGGUGGUCUGGUCGGUGGUGUGGGAGGAGUUCCUAUGCGUCUAAGCGCCAGUGAAGUUGAAGGUGAAGAUAGUGAUGAUGAUGCGGAUAGUGCUAUGGGUCCAAAAUAUCACCAACGAAGUGGCAGUGGGAGGAGUAGCGUGGGGAGUGGACGAAGUGGUAGAAGAGGUCUCACAUACCGCCAAUCUGGAGCUAGUUCGGGCAAAUGGAGUUCUGGCAAUACACCACCUAGUGAGCGGGAACGGCAAGACUCUGCUGGUGGAUAUACGGAUACUGCGGAAACACCCGUUCCAGCUGCCCAUCAAAGACAAAAGGACUACUUUACCGGUAGCGGCAAUGGAGGUGAUGGCACUAGGAGCGUGGGCAGUGGAAGUAGUGGUGAACGUGCUGACGCCGUGCCUGACCUCGGAGACGCCGCAAGAUUGGCUAGCAACAGUCUUCUCAAAUCCACCGUCACCCGAGAAAAGAGCGUCCGAAAUCCAGAGGAGUUACGUAGAAGAGGAAGUGUAGAUGAGCGAACCAUGACGAUGAGCGCAGGCCGAUUGUAUAUUGCAAACCCGGACAAUGAUAGCGAUUGA